AUGGAGCCGAUUGCCACGCCCACAAAUAGCGCUGUUAACGAAUCAUAUUUUGAGGCCAGUUUUGACUCCUUGCAUGUUGACUCAUCUGAGGGAGGACACUCUCCUGGUAGGCCUACUCAUCGCCGUUACCAUAGUGGAGGCUCCUUUAAGUUCUUGCCUCCACCUGAUCUACCAGAGUCACCUCCAAGGGGCGUGGUACCUACACGCAAAGCUGAGGCCAGCAGACGGAUGGCAGGCAAUACCAGUUUGGGUGAGAACUAUGCAUUUGCUGGCAUGUAUCACAUCUUUGAUCAGCAUGCAGAAAGUGUCACUGCCAUUAAAUUUGCUAAUGAUGACAAACACCGUUUGGCAUGCAGCUCUGCAGAUGGCACACUGUCUGUCUGUGCACUUGUGCCUUCACCUCCAUCUGUGUCCUGCACACUUCGAGGACACACAGCAGCCGUCACAGAUUUUGACUGGUCAAUAACCAAUGACUUCAUACUGUCUGCAUCUUUGGACUGUACUGCAAGGGUCUGGGAUCCAGCAUCUGGACAGUGCUUACGUGUUGUGAAUGACAAUCACACCUGUGGUGUGUCGGCAUGCAGAUUUCAACCUGUUAACAACAACAUGCUAGUUACUGGAAACCAAAAGGGACACUUGCAUGUUUUCAACAUGUCGACUGGCAAAGGUUAUAAGGGUGGCAGUGCCAAAGUGUCAGCUGGUGUCAAGUCCAUGGAGUUUGAUUCAUCAGGCGGGCUAGUCUGGGUGGGAGACGAAAAGGGGAGCAUAUAUUCUUUUUGCUUUGAUGUGGCGUCUGGAAGGCUACACAAAGCUAAACGAAUGUCCAUAGCAGAAGGUAGUUCUGGUCCUGUGACAUCCAUCUCGUAUCGCAGCUGGAUGAAUCGUGAAGCUCGGGAUCCUGUGCUUCUUGUGAAUGUCGCCAUUAAUUUACUUUGCCUCUAUGGAGUUGUUGAUGAUAUGGGAGGUUUAAAGUUGAAAAAGUCGUUUUCCGUCGAACACAAGUCUCGUCAUGUAAGAAGCUCGUUUUGUCCACUAAUGUCGUUCAGACAAGGAGCUUGUGUUGUGAGCGGCAGCGAAGACAUGGCGGUGUAUUUCUUCGAUGUUGAACGCGCUGAGAAGCCUUGCGUCAACAAACUUCUUGGCCACUCGGCACCAGUCCUCGACGUUUGCUGGAACUAUGAUGAGAGCUUACUGGCAUCUUGUGAUACUGAGGGAACUGUCAUCGUGUGGAAGCGAGAGCAGCGAGAAAAGCACGUUCCAUGAUAUGCUGAUGAAUAUAAAUUUUAGAUAAUGUUAAAAUUAUAAAUGAACAGUGUAUGUAAAAUAAUAUCAUAGUCAACAGCAGACAUUUAGAGUAAAAAGGUAUAAUCUUUUAAAGUAAUGUAGACUUGGAAUACUGCACAUACGGAAACUGUUUCCAAGUGCUUUUCACAACCCUUUAAAAGUGCUAAAACUACUAAAAGUAACUUAUACUGUGUUAUUUUAUUAUUUUACCCUGCACUCUCUAUCUUUUUAUGUAGUCGCUGAGAUAAGAUACGAAAUCUUCAAUUUUAUGCAUUUGUGCCUCGCAUCCACACAGUUUCACGUGCAUCACACGUGUUUGCAGACACUAGUUCGUUGGCGUUUCUUGGCACAACAGGCGGAAAUUAGUUUAACUCUGCGCUUUGCGGUUUGAAUAACAAAGUGCGCUUGUCUCAGGAUGGGAAGAGAAGUAUGACCCUAGAGCAUAUAGCUUCAUUGCUAGGUUCCGUCCAAAGGUUAUGGCCUUGAGUAUUAUAGGGCUGAUAAUGGGUCAUGAUUUUGCCUUGGGGUCUGAUAUUGGAAUAAUAAUUAUUUUAGGUAAAUCUCACUCGCAUGUUGACAUAACUGCCCUCUCUUUUCCGCGCGCUUUCAUCUUCAAACGAAAAUGAUGGCAAGAGAAGUAACCAAGAAGAAUUUUCAAUUCAUGCGAUAAUGUGCGCAAACUGCCAGGUGUGUUGUUUCGGUCAGGAUUUGGAGAGUCGAGUGAGCACCAGCACCAAAAAUUCC